UCGUUAAAGCCGUGGAUAUUUGUCCGACAUAUCAGUUUUGUGUUCGCUUAAGUUAAACAUUUUUUUUAAUUAUGGAAAUAAAAACGGAUGUCCUAAUUCUAACAGUGUUGUUUCUGGCGACAGUGCCUUUACAAAAUGUUGUUUGGGCGCAACUGACCGGUGCUGAUUUCGAGCACUCAAUUGUCGUCUCUUCUUGGAUGAAAAAUAUAUCUGCGACACAAAAUAAGCACAUACGCCUGUUACCAGGAACCUUGUAUGACGCUGGCAAUAUUACUACUACAAGAUAUAUUUGGUUUACGGAAUUCAACACAAGGCUGCUCAACAUUGAUGUCGACUAUGUCAGAAAUAGACUUUACAUUUAUGACUGGCACACGGCUACUAUAUAUGCAGUGGAAAACUUAAACUGGAGAGGAGAUUCUGCCAACCUUUCCGUGACUGUUAUUCAUUCUGGUUUAUCAAGGUCUUCAACUCGUAUAUCCGUAGAUUGGGUCUCAAACAAUAUAUAUUGGUCGGAUGCUAUAUAUGGUUGGAUUGUGGUUCAGUCUGCAGACAAAGAAGACGAGUACAAAAUUCUGGUAGACAAUGACAUUGAAAAGCCUUACGCAUUAGUGGUUGACCCCAUUAGCAAGUAUAUGUUUUGGAGUGAUAUCGGUCGCAAUGUGAAAAUUGUACGGGCGUCUUUAUCAGGUACUGACAUGGAAGCUAUCAUCACAACUGGGUUGGUGUUUCCGAUAAGUAUUGCCAUUGACCAAGAGGAUAGCCGAUUAGUUUGGGUUGACUGGUCUCGUGACACGUUGGAAACCAGCGAUUUCAACGGGGAUUCUCGGCGUGUUAUUAGCAGAUUGUCACACACGGAAUUCUAUGACGUUGCAGUGUUUAAGGAUCUGGUGGCUGUAACAGAAUUGAAAAAUGGAACUUUAUUAGUGUUUAACAAAAAUACAGGUGAACUGUUUCAAACCCUCAGACUGACAGGUGGUGAUCCUUUUGUUGCUGUUACACUAUAUACUGCAGAAGCUCAACCGCCGCAAGUUGAUGGUUGUUCAAGUUUCGGUUGUAGCCACAUUUGUAUAAACGAGAAGAAUGGUCCAGUAUGUUUGUGUAAAGAAGGCUAUACUCUCAAUCAAGAUGGCGUUUAUAAAACAUGUUCAGAGGACCUAGGUGCAUACCAUCGUGCGGUUGUGACUUCCAAUGCCAGUAGCAUUUGCUUAAAGGAUUUUCGAACUCUUACAUCAAAUGUCAAUGCAAACAUUUCCGACUGUUUCCUAAAAGGUGGAACCGCCAUCUCGCAAUUUGACAUUGAUAUGAAUGAACGCAAGCUAGUGUAUGUUGACGGCAGAGAAAUAAUCAGUGUCAAUAUUGGUGCGAAUCCCGUAAAACAGAGACUGCUAUCAGCUACAGGAACAAUUACAGGUAUUGCCAUUGACUGGCGAGAUAACAACGUGUACUGGUGUAUGGGUGGACUCGCAGGUAAAAUCAGCGUGGUUUCACAGGAAACAGGAAUGGGAUACAACUUGAUCACAACUAAUAUUGCGUACCCGAAACAUCUCAAUAUUGCUCCCUUUCACAGUAUUUUAGUAUGGAUAUCAGGGUCAGCUGGUUCACAGAAAGUAGAAAAAGCUGAAUUAGAUGGUUCAAAAAGAGUUACAUUGUUUACCAGUACGUCGUUGGUUGAUAUGAAAGGAUUAACGAUUGAUUUAUCAACGACCACUAUAUACUUCAUUGAUGAUACCCAAGUCAAAAGUUGUGACUUUGAGGGGAAACAAUUGACGACAUUGGCGCCGACAUCAACUUUAAUGUCACCGAUGCUCGUCCUGUCUUACAAGAAUUUUCUUAUCAUUGCCGACGAUUCUUUCGCUAGCAAUGUUAUAAAGGUUUUUGAAAAGAAAUCUGAACCAGUAUUAAAGUACCAGAUGUCCAACAUUGACUUGGUUUCGUUGACGGACUUUCAUGUGUUAGAUGCAGCACUGCAGUCCGAGCAGCAGGGUCCAUGUGCUAUACUCAACGGAGACUGUGAACAGAUUUGCAUUCCAAUUGGCAGAAAUAGGAUUUGUCAGUGUGAAUACGGGUACCAGCUUGACUUAGACAAGAGGAAAUGUUCUUCAACUCCUAUGACAGACAACUUUCUCGUGGUUACUGACUGGACACAUAAUACGAUAUAUCAGGUGUCCCUAGUUAACGAUGAGGUCAGAGCUAUUGACACGGACACUUUCGGGAACCCAAUCGCUAUUGCUUAUAAUUUUAUCACAAGGCAGCUAAUGUGGAGUACCAAGGAAUUGAUUCAUCAACUUAGUCUGGAAAAUCAUAAUUAUAAAGUUUUCUUUAAUACGGAGCUACUAGGGUGCUAUGCAGAACUUUUCGCUAUCGACUACCCGAGUGGAAACUUAUACUACACCGCUAACCCCACUUCACAGACAGGAUUUGUUGGAAUUGGUGUUAUAUCAACUAAUAGUCUUCACAAACGUGUCCUUCUUGCUGGAUCAAAACCAAGAGAUAUUGUUCUCGAUUCAGAAGAAGGACUGAUGUUUUGGACAGACCAUGGUUAUAAUCCUCCCUAUGUAGCAAGAGCAAACAUGGAUGGUACAGACGUUAAGCAAAUAAUUAACAACGGUCUUGUCUGGCCAAAUGGUCUGGCAAUUGAUACAAAAGCUAAUGUACUGUACAUAACCGACGGUAAAACAAACAUAAUAUACAAAUGCUCAUACCAUGGUGUUUGCACGAACCAUUUUACAGACAGCGGGUCUCAUCUUAUGGAUAUAACAUUACUUGGUGAUUAUAUGUACUACACUGCUCGGAAUAGACCGUAUAUUUCCAAAUUAUCCAAGACAAACCCUUCAAGUGUUAUUAAAGUCGGUUACAAGCCGGAAUUAGGGAGAUUGGAUUCGCUAGCACUUUAUAGUUCAAUGCUUGAACCAUCACAAUCAGCAGCCUGCUCUGAGAAUAAUGGGCGUGGUCCAUGCAGUACAUUUUGUCUGCCUAAAAAUACCGGGUACAAGUGUGCAUGCGAAGACAACGUAGCACUAAGAAGUGAUGGCAAAACAUGUGAAAAUGUUGAACUGCGGACAACAACUACACCUACUAUUCCUACUACUCCUCCCACUACUACUACACCUACAACUACUCCUGCUCCUACUACUACAACUACUACUACUAAACCACCAGAACAUUCAACUAGUUUCCCAAAAACUACAUCUUCAUUGGAACUGCCAACGACUUCGCCAAGUCCAAAGGGACCAAUAUCUUCACCAAAAGCGACCCCGUCAACAUCCAAACCGAAAACGCUACCAAUUGCGGCUAUUGGUGGGGGCACUGGCGGGUCUGCAGUCGUGAUCAUUGUCAUAAUUGUCCUAGUUUGUGUUAUCGUUAAAAGGCGCAACAAUAGUGGAAACAAAGGCGGUGACAGUGUGACUUAUAAUCAUUUUGCUUCUGACAUAGCCUAUUUGACACCGCCUGCUGAUAGCCCAAGCAGACCCGAUUCAACUUAUGAUGUUAUAGGCGGCUUUGAUGAGCUGGAAAAUAAGAAAAAUCAAGAGAGUGAAUGCACGAGCUUGGAAAAGAAACAGAAUGAGUAUGAACAAUUAAGCUUCAAGAGAAAAGACGUUCCAACAAGCGAGUUUAGACCAUCUGCAGUUCCAAACGUAUAUGCAGGCAUGCAUGAGUCUACAAUAAUUACAGGUGAUGUACUGCAAGAUGAUUACUUGCAGCCAUUUCAUGCCAAUCCAAGUUUCUCCUCCGAUGAUACCGACUUCAAUAACCCUGUUUAUUUAGAUGAAUAGAAGUAUCACAAACCCAAAACUCCAAUUUUCUAACAUCAACAGAUCUACAGCAAAUAAUAAACACUGGAAUCGCGAGUUUUGAGCCCUAGUUCGAGUGAAAAUGAUAUUGUUUAUAACUACUUUUUGUCAUAGGUCUCUCGAGGUCCAGGGACAAAUGAAAACAAUGUGUAUACACUGAAAUUUUACACGGUAUUAAAUUUGCCUGAAGUCAGUGACGUAAUUGUUUGAAUAAUCUUGAUGAUAUUCUGAAAGUACUUAAUCGGAUUAAAUCAUGUUGAAGCGAAUAGUAAAUAUAUUAACAACUGUAUAAUUAAACCAGUUAACAAGGUGAUGUUUUGUUAGGGAACUUUUUAUUCUCUUACCAUAUGAACUUGUGUUAGUUAACUAGGAAAAUCAGAUACAGAUAUUGCUUAAGCUUUAUUCUUCAGUAAUACCCUAAAUGGUAUGAAAAGAACAUUUCACUGCAGUAAUUAUGUAUACAUUUUGUACAUUUUUUUAUUGAAAAGCCCUUUCAUUAUAAAUAGCAAAGAAGGUUGAUUUAAACAUAGUUUUCACUUUGUAUUGUAUAUUUAGGUGUAUGAAUGAACUUUACCAAACACACACUUUGGUUAUUUUACCAAUCUGUACACUUGAUUUUUAACCUUUGUUUAUACUUGUAAAUGUUUUAUUGACAUUUCAAAACAGUUUAAAGAUCAAUGUUUAAAUCAAUGGAUGACUUUUUUCUCUACGUAACGAUAUUUCUGUUACCUUCAAUUAUAUUGAUGAUACGAGUGUAACAAUUAAACUCCUUAUCAAAGCAAUUAUAUAUAGCACAAAUGAUAAGUUAGAAGGAUUGUUACUUUCACGAUCGGAUCUUCUAGUCUAAUAUUCCGAUCGUGUCAUAUUUUACUAGUCUGAGAUUCCAUUCUGUUUAUCCAAUUCAAGGUACAUAAUGCCUCAGAAACAAAUAAAUUUUAUCUUCUUUUGAAAGGACAAACAUGAAUCUUGUUACCUGAAAAAAUAGCGAUAAAUGUGAAAUAACUUGUCAUAAAUGUAUCAAAAUGAAAACAAAAUAGUUCUUGACUUCAGUACAAAAUACUCAUUUAGUUAAAUUAUAUUUAUUGUCAAAAAGCAACAGGUAAAAAUAAUGGUUCGGGUGAUUGGCCAAUGAGUAACUUUUAUUGAUACUGUAAAAGUACAAGAACAUUAAAAAGCUUUGAGACAUAAACAUAAAGAAUUUUUUGAGGUAUGAUGGACCUUUAAGAAAUGAAUGUUAUUAUUGAGCAUGAGAUUCAUUUUGAACAAUGUAACGUACAUCCUUUAUGGUUUAUCUUAACUGACAUGUCGUUUGAACUAUUCGGAAUCUUUUUGUAAUAUAACGGGAUCUUUUUAGUAACAUUAUUUUCAGAAUGUUGUAUAUAAUUUCAAAGACUAUAUUCAAAUGUUUGAGAUAUUAUGAAAAGUGUUGUGAUUUUUUUUGUAAUAUAAAUGGAUCUUCUUUGUAAGACGUUUUUAGAAAUUUGUAUAUAAUUUGAAUGUGUAUGAUCCAAGACUAUACAUGUAUUCAAAUGUUUGAGAUGUAAAUAUAUAUGUUGUAUAUGUACAUGUACAUUGGUCGUCUUUGUGAACUUUAUGGAACAAGAAUGCGGUGUAUUUAUAAUGCUAAUAAAAUCAAAUGUAACCGUA